GAUUAAACUAGUCUUACAAGGCGAAGACAUUCAACCAGGAAGACAAGUUUCCGACUUCAAACGCGGUAAAACUACCCACCCCAAACUUUGAAGUCAUCCCUCGCUACGCGGGAGUCGCUCGACGCGAUCUCGAGCAGGAGGCCGCAUCGGAUUCCAAGAGUGCAAUUUGUACCAGGUAUUUAAAGUGAGGUUGUGUGUAGCGCUCUUCUGAACUAGCGCUUGUGAGGCUUUAGGUGGAGAAGGAUACACAGGACUGGAAAGGGUGGACAAUUACAGGGAACAAGAGCCCUCUGAACUCGUUCAGCAACAAAUCUGCAACAACCCCUCCGACUCUUUCGGCGAGUUUCACACAUCGAUUAGUUUCGCUUGGAGAUCGUGGACAACAAAACUGACUUUGAAUGUCGGAGGUAAAUCCAUCCAAGAGGAUGCCGAAUCAUCGGCGGGGUUUGGCAACUGCAUUGCUCACAAUAGCCUUCGUAUUUGUGUGCUUAAGCAGCCAAGCUGAGGCUCAAGGCCUUACAGUCGGGUUUUACGAGAACUCCUGCCCAACGGUUGAAGCAAUAAUCUGGGAAUCAAUGCGGAACUCGUACAAUCAGGAUCCAACAGUUGCGCCCGGCGUAUUGCGUCUGUCAUUCCAUGAUUGCUUCGUUCGUGGAUGUGAUGCUUCAGUGCUGUUGGACGGAGAAGAAGCGGAGAAGACGGCGGCAAUCAACGUGAAUCUACAUGGGUUUGAAGCCAUCGAUGCGGCAAAAGCGGCAGUGGAAGCGGCAUGCCCGAACACUGUUUCAUGCGCCGACAUAUUGCAGUUCGCAGCUCGUGACAGUGUGACGCUGACUGGAGGCGAAGGCUGGGAUGUAUCCGGUGGAAGGAGAGACUCACUCGUAUCAAGCUAUGUAGAUCCCCCUCUAGGGCUGCCUCUCCAAACCGACACCGUCUCGGAGCUUCUAGCUAAUUUCGCGGAGAAGAAUCUGAACGCCGCCCACAUGGUCGCGUUGUCAGGGGGUCACUCCAUCGGUAUAGCUCACUGCCAAUACGUCACGGAUCGUCUCUACGAUUAUCCCAGCAGCGAUACAGGAUCCGAUCCUACCCUCCCAUCCGACAUGCAAGCAACGUUAAAGACGGAGUGUCCUAAUGCAGCUGCCACCCCGGAACUCAAUGUAGACGAGGUCACCCCAGACACCUUCGACUCCCAAUACUUUAACAACAUUGUCAAGGGCAGGGGGUUGCUUGCUUCUGAUCAACGUCUAAUGGACGACAAAGCCACCAGUGACGCGGUUUUGGCCAAUAACGGACCUGAUUUCGGUGGCAAUUUCGGAAGGGCUAUGGUGGUGAUGGCUCGGUACAAUGUCCUCACUGGCAACGCCGGUCAGAUUCGCACUAAUUGCCGACAGGUUAACUAAACCGUAUCGCUUAUCAGCACCGGAAUGCAGACUUGUUGAAAUGAUCGGUACAUAUGUGUACAAACAGCUUCAGAGUUUAGCAUCAUUGUUGGAGGCUCAGCAAGAGCGUCAUUCUUGUCAUUCACAAUAAAAAAGAAAAAAAGAAAACAUAACAGAAGCAAAGCAAGGCAUCAAGUCUUCGCAAACUCGACGCUGUCUUCAGCGUUUUCUACACUUUCUCCUUCAAAAUUCGGCAUUGAAACCCUUGUCAUAAAGCGUGCUAGGUAUUCUAUGUCCUGCUGGAUGUCCUUUCCAUUAAGAUGCCCAGAAAUAAAUGUAGAAGGGAGGACACAAUCACAAGAUCUCCGCUUGUGUAUGCAUAAGACCAAAGGGUCUCAAUAGAGAAAAGCACACCAGCUUUAGUUUCGGUACCCAGAUGAAUCAUGAUAUUGCCAAUUACGAGAUAAUGAUGUCUGUUACUACUGGCUUUUCGGCUAUCAUUGUAUUUUAGAUUUUUGCAUGUUACAUUUUAUUAUUAU